GAGUAAGUGACGAGUGACGAGUGAUGAGUGAUCGCUUUUCUACGGCUACUCGUACGUCUUGAUAUGCCUACGCUUACGCUUACGCGAUUCCAGCAUCAAAAUUGAGUCGCGUCGCGUCGUUCGGUACGGUACGUUCGCCUUUUCGCGUAUUUGCGUUUCAGCGUUUGCGUUUGUGUUUGUGUUUGGUGUUUGUAUUCGCGUAGGAUUUGCAUUUUCAAAAGUCACAUCAAGUUGUUACGUUACGUUACGUCACGUCACGUCACGUCACGUCACGUCACGUCAGCAGUACAUAUACGAGUACUCGUAUGAUAUGCAUAAUGUACGACGUACUCGUACGUAGACGUACCUAAACGGUAAACGUAUUUCCGUUCGUGAGUGUUUGAUUCGACUCGUCUCGCGUCAAGUGAUUUUCUUUCAUUAUUCCCUCGCCUAAAUCGUAGUUUUUUCCCCGUUUUUUUACCUUUUUCACUUUUCAUUUUUAUUUGCAAUCGAGCGAGCGAGCGAGCGAGCGAUUGACGCGACGCGACGCGCCGCGAUUACGCGACUAUAAUCUCGCGAUAACCGUAACCGUAACCGUUACCGUAACCGUUACCGUAAAAUUGAAAUGACAUUGCGGAAAGCUCGGCUAGCAAAAUGUUUUUCUUGAAGAAAAAUUUACUUAAAACUUGGUUUCCGCAAGAAGGCACCACUGAGCAGCAGCAGCAACAGCAACAGCAACAGCAUUCUGAAAGGCCGACAUCGGCGACUACUACUCGUAAUAACGCGGUUGGCAUUACCGGUACUGGCGCGAGAAAAAUAAUGGAAGAAGCGGCCGCGCAAACUAAUCAUGGCGACGCCGGCGGUCGAACUGUCAACUUUAUCGUCGGCGACGAAGAAAGUUCGUCGACUGCGACUGCGGCCGCCAACGUGGCGAGCACCGCCACCGAUCAUAAUCACGUCAACGGCGACGCUUACGAAGAUGAAAAAGAAAAGCACGACAAUUUCCCCGGCGACGAUAUGAAACCGAUGGGCAGCGGCAUGGACAGCAAAAGUAGCUCGUACAAGGAUAUGUUUGGACUGGCCGAACGUCGUAAAAGGCUCAGGCCUAGUAUGUCUCAAGGUACCGUCAUUCAUCAUCAGAGAUUAUCCGAUAAAGACUUCACCGUUGGUACCCCCGAAGAAUUUGUGCGCAGAUUUAACGGCACCAGAGUUAUCAAUAAGGUUUUAAUCGCUAAUAAUGGAAUUGCCGCUGUUAAAUGUAUGCGAUCUAUUCGAAGAUGGUCGUACGAGAUGUUCAAAAAUGAAAGAGCCAUUCGAUUUGUCGUCAUGGUCACGCCGGAAGAUUUAAAAGCUAACGCCGAAUACAUCAAAAUGGCCGACCACUACAUGCCCGUGCCCGGAGGCACCAACAACAACAAUUACGCCAACGUCGAACUGAUCGUAGAUCUGGCUAUUCGAACUCAAGUACAGGCUGUGUGGGCUGGAUGGGGUCACGCUUCCGAAAAUCCCAAACUACCGGAAUUGCUGCAUAAGAACAAUAUCGCUUUUAUCGGCCCGCCUGAGAAAGCUAUGUGGGCUUUGGGUGACAAGAUCGCGUCCAGUAUCGUUGCGCAAACUGCCGAAAUACCCACUUUGCCGUGGUCCGGCGCCGGUCUGACCGCUCAGUAUUCGGGCAAAAAGAUAAAAAUCAGCAACGAUCUGUACAAAAAGGGGUGCGUUUCGAGCGUGGAAGAAGGCCUGGCGUCCGCCCAGAAGAUCGGCUUCCCGAUCAUGAUCAAGGCGAGCGAAGGCGGCGGCGGCAAAGGUAUCCGCAAAGUGGACAACUCGGACGACUUUCCCAACCUGUUCAAGCAGGUGCAGUCCGAGGUGCCGGGCUCGCCGAUAUUCAUCAUGAAGCUGGCGCGAUGCGCUCGCCACCUCGAGGUGCAGCUGAUCGCCGACCAGUACGGCAACGCCAUCUCGCUGUUCGGCCGCGACUGCUCCAUCCAGCGGCGACACCAGAAGAUCAUCGAGGAGGCGCCGGCCGUCAUCGCCGAGCCGGCCGUCUUCGAGGACAUGGAGAAGGCGGCGGUGCGGCUCGCCAAAAUGGUGGGCUACGUCAGCGCCGGCACCGUCGAGUACCUCUACGACACGGACGGCCUCUACUACUUUCUCGAGCUCAAUCCGCGUCUGCAAGUCGAGCACCCCUGCACCGAGAUGGUGGCCGACGUUAAUCUGCCCGCCGCCCAGCUGCAGAUCGCCAUGGGUCUGCAGCUGCAUCGCAUCAAGGACAUCCGACUGCUGUACGGCGAAACGCCGUGGGGCGACAAUUUCAUCGAUUUCGACACGCCCCGCCACAAGCCGCAGCCUUGGGGCCACGUCAUCGCCGCCCGCAUCACCAGCGAGAACCCCGACGAAGGUUUCAAGCCCAGUUCCGGUACCGUGCAAGAAUUGAAUUUCCGAUCCUCCAAGAACGUAUGGGGUUACUUCAGCGUGGCCGCUUCCGGCGGUCUGCACGAAUUUGCCGAUUCGCAGUUCGGCCAUUGUUUCUCGUGGGGCGAAAACCGAGAACAAGCCAGAGAGAAUUUGGUGAUCGCGCUGAAAGAAUUAUCAAUCAGAGGCGACUUCCGUACGACGGUCGAGUAUCUCAUCACGCUGUUGGAGACGGACAGCUUCCAGACGAAUUCGCUGGACACGGCUUGGUUGGACGUGCUGAUCGCGCAACGAGUGCAGGGCGAGAAGCCGGACAUCCUGCUGGGCGUGCUUUGCGGCUCGCUGCACAUCGCCGACAAGCGUAUCAGCGACGAAUUCCAGAACUUUCAGUCUUCGCUGGAGAAGGGCCAGACGUUGAGCGCCGGCACCCUCGAGCACAACGUGCUCGUCGAGCUCAUCAACGACGGCCUCAAGUACCGCGUCAACGUCACCAAGUCCGGCGCCAAUUCCUAUUUCCUCGUCAUGAACGGAUCGUUCAAAGAGAUCGAAGUACAUCGGCUGUCCGACGGCGGCAUCCUGCUGUCGGUGGACGGCUCCAGCUUCACCACGUACAUGCGCGAGGAAGUGGACCGCUACCGCAUCGUCAUCGGCAACCAGACGUGCGUGUUCGAAAAGGAAAACGACCCGUCGCUGCUCAGGUCGCCGUCCGCCGGCAAGCUGCUCAGUUUCCUCGUCGAAGACGGCGGCCUCGUCACCAAAGGCCAAGCUUACGCCGAAAUCGAGGUUAUGAAAAUGGUUAUGACGCUGACCGCCGCCGAAACCGGCCACGUGACCUACGUCAAGAGGCCGGGAGCCGUUCUAGAUGCCGGAUCGUUGAUCGCCACUCUCGAACUCGACGAUCCCACCUUGGUGACCAAAGCCCAAGAUUACAAAGGACAAUUCCCCGAAUUGGACGUAUCCACGCCCAUCAUCGGAGACAAAUUGAAUCACGUUCACAAUAGUUAUAGGCAGAUGUUGGAUAAUAUUUUAGCCGGAUAUUGUUUGCCAGAUCCUUAUCACCAAAUUCGAGUUAGAGAAGUGAUUGAAAAAUUCAUGAGUACUCUUCGCGAUCCUAGUUUACCUCUUCUCGAACUUCAGGAAGUAAUUUCUACCAUCUCCGGCCGUAUUCCAGUUUCGGUGGAGAAAAAAAUACGCAAAUUGAUGACUCUGUACGAACGCAAUAUUACCUCGGUGUUAGCUCAAUUUCCUAGUCAACAAAUCGCCAACGUGAUCGACGGUCACGCGGCAACUCUGCAGAAACGCUCGGAUAGAGAUAACUUCUUUUUGCAAACUCAGGGUAUUAUACAGUUAGUUCAAAGGUAUCGUAAUGGCAUCAGAGGACGUAUGAAGGCGGCCGUACACGAACUGCUCAGGCAGUACUACGACGUAGAAAGUCAAUUUUUACAAGGACAUUACGAUAAAUGCGUUACCGCUUUACGGGAAAAAUACAAGGACGACAUGGCCGCCGUAACGUCUACCAUUUUCUCUCAUAAUCAGGUUGCCAAAAAGAACAUGUUGGUUACGAUGCUGAUCGAUCACUUGUGGUCCAACGAACCCGGUCUCACCGACGAGCUGGCGACCACCUUGAACGAGCUUACUUCUUUGAAUCGUAGCGAGCAUUCCAGAGUCGCUCUCAGAGCCCGUCAAGUACUAAUCGCGGCUCAUCAACCAGCGUACGAACUUCGGCACAAUCAAAUGGAGUCGAUUUUCUUGUCCGCUGUCGAUAUGUACGGACACGAUUUCCAUCCGGAAAAUCUACAAAAAUUAAUUCAAUCCGAAACUUCCAUAUUCGACAUAUUGCACGAUUUCUUUUACCAUACGAAUCGAGCCGUUUGCAAUGCCGCUUUAGAGGUUUACGUGAGGAGGGUUUAUAUCUCGUACGAUCUAACUUGUAUUCAGCAUUUGGAACUUUCCGGAGAAAUUCCGCUAGCUCAUUUCCAAUUUUUGCUUCCAUCUUCGCAUCCGAAUAGGCAAAAAUUCGGAGCAGCCGCCAAUUCGCCAGUCAUCAUCGAACAGACUGCCACCGGAGAUGGCGGCGACGCCGUGUCUUCGUCGUCGUUGUCUUCGCCGACCAUUAUACACAGCGUUCAAAGGACCGGUUGUAUGGCCGCUUUCGAAUCUUUCACUCAGUUCGAGUCGUACGUGGACGAAAUUCUCGAUUUGAUCGAAGAUUUCUCUUCGACGGCCACCGUAUCGCCGAAAAUCAUGGAAGCCGUCGAGAGUGGCAGCGAAUCGCAGAGCACUUCCAUCAACGUCAGUCUGUCGGUAGACGCACCCCGACCCUCUCACGAGGAAAAUCAUCAUAAUAUUCAAGUCGAGCCUAUCCAUAUCUUAUGUAUCGCCGUCAAAGAUAACGGAGACAUGGAAGAUGAAAAAUUAGCCAAAAUGAUGGCAGAUUUCUGCACCAAACAUAGAAAUGAUCUGAAACAAAAAUCUGUCCGCAGAAUUACCUUCCUCGCGCUGAACAAACGUCAAUUCCCUAAAUUAUUCACAUUCAGAAACUGCGACAAUUUCGUCGAAGAUCGAAUUUAUCGUCAUCUGGAACCGGGCAUGGCCUUCCAGUUGGAACUGAACCGCAUGAAAACCUACGAUCUGGAAGCGUUACCAACUUCCAAUAGGAAAAUGUACUUGUACUUGGGCAAAGCUAAGGUCGCCAAAGGACAGGAAGUUACCGAUUAUCGAUUUUUCAUCCGAUCGAUUAUUCGACAUCAAGAUCUCAUCACCAAGGAGGCGUCGUUCGAAUAUCUGCAAAACGAGGGAGAACGAGUGCUACUCGAAGCGAUGGACGAAUUAGAAGUCGCCUUCAGCCAUCCGUUCGCUCGUCGUACCGAUUGCAAUCACAUUUUCCUCAACUUUGUGCCGACGGUCAUCAUGGAUCCUGCCAAGAUCGCGGACAACGUGUCGAAUAUAGUGCUGAGAUACGGACCGAGGUUAUGGAAAUUGCGCGUAUUGCAAGCCGAGCUGCGAAUGACCAUCAGAGUCACUCCCAACAGUAAAACUAGCAAUAUACGAUUGUGCGUAUCCAACGACAGCGGAUAUUAUCUGGACAUUUGCCUGUAUAAGGAAGUCGUCGAUCCGAAAACCGGAAUGAUCAAAUUGGAAGCUUACGGACCGAAACAAGGCCCUAUGCACGGUUUACCCGUAUCCACUCCUUACAUGACCAAGGAUUAUCUGCAGCAAAAACGAUUUCAAGCUCAAAGCAGCGGCACUACUUACGUAUACGAUUUCCCCGAUAUGUUUCGACAAAUGACCGAUAAGUUAUGGAGACAGUACAUCGACGAACGUCCCGGAGAAAUCGUUACCAAACCUGAUAAAGUAUUCGAUUACGUCGAAUUGGUCCUCCAAGAUGAUGUUUUAGUCGAACAAAAGCGCAUUCCCGGAGAAAAUAAAGAGAUCGGUAUGGUAGCCUGGCGUAUGACCCUCAACACUCCGGAGUAUCCUCAAGGUCGCGAUAUCAUCGUAAUCGCCAACGAUUUAACCGUCAACAUUGGUUCUUUCGGGCCGUUGGAAGAUUUGGUAUUCUGUCUGGCGUCUAAAGAAGCUAGACGUUUGAAAAUUCCCCGAGUAUACAUAUCGGCCAACAGCGGAGCUCGUAUCGGUUUGGCCGAAGAAGUCAAGAGCUUGUUCAGAGUCGCCUGGGAAGAUGAUAACGAUCCGGAAAAGGGUUUCAAGUAUUUGUACGUUACUCCCGAAGAUUUCCAAAAAAUUUCCACCACCAAUUCGGUUCGUGCGCAACUAAUCGAAGAAAAUGGCGAAUCCAGAUACAAGAUAACGGACGUUAUUGGCAAAGACGACGGUCUCGGUGUAGAGAAUUUGAGAUACGCCGGUAUGAUCGCCGGCGAAACGUCCGAAGCUUACCAAGACGUGGUGACCAUUUCAUUAGUCACGUGUCGCGCUAUCGGUAUCGGAGCCUAUCUGGUACGUCUAGGACAACGUGUCAUUCAGAUUGAAAAUUCGCACAUCAUUUUGACCGGAUAUAGCGCGUUGAACAAACUUUUAGGACGAGAAGUAUACGCGUCCAACAAUCAACUGGGAGGCGUGCAAAUUAUGCACAACAACGGCGUGACGCAUAAGACUGCCAGUCGCGAUCUCGACGGAGUGUAUUCGGUGUUGAAAUGGCUCUCGUAUAUGCCCAAAGAUAAAUUUUCGCCGGUACCGAUGAUCUCGGCCGUCGAUCCCAUCGAACGGUUGAUCGAUUUUACACCGACCAAAAUACCGUACGAUCCGCGCCUCAUGUUGGCCGGCAAACUGGGACCGAACAACGAAUGGGAAACCGGCUUCUUCGACAAAGGCUCGUGGGACGAAAUUAUGAAACCGUGGGCCCAAACCGUGGUGUGCGGCAGAGCUCGUCUCGGAGGAAUACCGGUCGGCGUUAUCGCCGUCGAAACUCGAACCGUCGAACUAAAUCUGCCGGCCGAUCCCGCUAAUUUAUCUUCCGAAGCCAAGACGGUGUCGCAAGCUGGUCAAGUAUGGUUCCCCGAUUCGGCGUACAAAACAUCGCAGGCCAUCAAAGAUUUCAGUCACGAAGGACUUCCUUUGAUAAUUUUCGCCAAUUGGAGAGGUUUUUCUGGCGGAAUGAAAGACAUGUACGAACAAAUUAUGAAAUUCGGAGCGUACAUCGUGGACGAACUGAGGCAAUACAAAAUGCCUAUUCUCACGUACAUUCCACCCAACGGCGAACUCCGAGGAGGCGCUUGGGCCGUCGUCGAUACCACAAUCAAUCCUAGUUACAUAGAAAUGUACGCCGAUCCCGAUAGCAGGGGAGGAGUACUCGAGCCCGAAGGUAUCGUCGAAAUUAAAUUCAAAGAAAAAGACAUAAAGAAAACUAUCCAUAGAAUAGAUCCUGUGAUAUUAAAAUUAAAAUCCGAAUUGUCUAAUUCGGACGCGAGUUCGGAAGACAAAAGUCGCCUAGAAAGUAUGAUCAACGAACGCGAACAAGCCCUCAAACCGAUGUUCCAUCAAGUGGCCGUACAUUUCGCCGAUUUACACGACACGCCGCAGAGGAUGCUGGAAAAGGGUGUUAUCGCCGGUAUCGUGUCGUGGCCGGAAGCCAGAAGAGUAUUCUAUUGGAGAUUGAAAAGAUUAAUCUUACAAAAUCAAGUGAAACAACAGAUCUUACACGUGCAACCUAACCUAACCGAAGGCCAAGCCCUUUCCAUGUUGAGGAGAUGGUUUGCCGAAGACAAAGGAACAACUCAGGCUUAUCUGUGGGAUAACAACGAAGCCAUCGUCAAUUGGCUGAGCGAACAGUUAACCGAAGAUGGAACCGUCGAACCGAUUUCUUUCAUCGGAAGGAACGUUUCCAGUGUUCAAAAGGACGCAUUCUUCUCUAGCGUGAGGAAUUCAAUUUCGGAAACUUCCGACGUAACGUUGCAGCUGCUCGUCGAGAUGUACGAAGCUCUUAGUACGCAACAACGAAGCGAAGUAGUUCGACUGCAGUCGCUAAUCGACGCCAAGAAUAACCCGGAAACUUCCACAAAUUAACAUCGGACGUGUUGCGUUUCGUCCUUUCAUGUGGCAGCAUUUUUCAUUUUUUUUGUUUUUGUUAUCAAGAGAUACGCUGUUAUAACCCGCGAAAAUAUACGAAAAUUGCCAAAUCAUGUCACUUUCUAGUGUACGUUCAUUUUUGACGUACGAAAAAAUAUUUCGUAGAAAAAAAAAAGAAUGAAAAACCACGAAAACGUUUAACGAAUUUGAAUACAACGAGAUUUGAAUUUUUGAAAUUGAAUCGCGUUUUAAAAAAUGUGUUUUGUUGUUGUUGUUGUUGUUGUUUUCUUUUUGUUGUUUUAAAUCGAGACUGGAUUAUUUUAUAUAUUGUUAUUUUUAUAAAUGUUGUUUUGUUUUUCGAUAUAGUGUACCUAUGUAUAUUGUAUUCUGUAUCUGUUAACAUUUAUGUGUUUGGUAAACGUAUGUUUUUUUUUACAGCAGUUUUUACGUAUUUUCUUUUCUUCUUUCUCUCUCUCUCUCUCUGUCUCUCUACCUACUGUAUCCAUCUUUCCGACUACCCAUCUACCUACCAACCUGAUGAUUUGCCUUAUUUUGUUUUCUCUCUUCAUUCUCGUGUUGUUUUGUAGGUUUUGCGAGGUUUUGGAAUUGUGUUAGUUUAAUUUCGCCUUUCGCGUUUGAUUGAACACUACCAACUACCAAGUCGAUCAAAAUUUUUGUCGGAUUUUUUUCCAUUAUUUUUUUUGUCGUGUAUGCGAGUCACUUUGAUUGAACCAACAUUCCUCGAAUAUACAACACUAAUGUUACCAAAAUGUUCUAUUAUUAAAUGGGUUCUGUAGCGUAAAAUUAGUCACUAUUAUUAAGCGAACGCGUUGCGAAGUGGUUGUAAAUAAUAAUAAUAAUAAUAAUAAUAAUAAUAAUAAUGAUAAUAGGUAAUAAUACCUAGGUCAAUAUUAUCGCAUUAUAAUACGUUUUUGAUCGAGGCGGCGCGACGUGGCAACGGUGUCGCUCCUCCUUUGUACUGUGUUAUCUCGUAUAAAUAAGAAUCGGUUGUAGAGAUUUUGUUUUAGUUGAAUAUUUGUUUUUUCUUCUUUUCCUGUACAAUACGCUUGAUUUAGUUAUUUUCAUCGUUUAAAUAAAUUAUUAUUUUUUUCGGACAAA